AGCUCACUCAGGAUUUGGGCCUUUAUGAUAUAUUAUUUAACACAACUGAAGUAGGACUGACGAUCACCUCAUGUUUUAAUAAGAUUUAAUCUUAUUAAAGUGAAUCUUCUGGACUCGAUAUAAAUCUCUAACAGCAUUUAUGAGAGUUAUUUCUGUUUGUUUCUAUUCCUGUGGUUCUCGUGUGUACAUCUAUAAUAAUAACAUGAUUAACGAUGAAGCCGAGUAAUUUACAAUCUGAGUUAGGCAAUCUUCAAUUAUGUUGAUAAAUUUCGAAAACCAUACCUUCCCAUACCGGGAGUCGAACCCUGGCCGCCUGGGUGAAAACCAGGAAUCCUAACCGCUAGACCAUAUGGGAGCGCUGCUGAAUGAGUGGCCUGAUGGCGUCUUAUAGUGACACCAGAUACACCAGGAACCUGACCGUGUGAGUGCGAGACAUCAUUCUAUAGUUUUAAUGUUGUCUAUAAUUAUUGAGCAAUCAUUCACUACUGUAUUUUUCAGUCUUGUUUUAGUUGAGCAUUUCCGAUCCUGCAUCGAGGUUUGUCGCGCCGUGAGUGACGUCCCCUAGCAGUGCCAGCAGUGAGCACUCAUCAGUGAGCAUGUAGACGCCAGUAACGUAAAACAUUUAGGUACAUUUAAGGGAUUUGAAGAUUUCAUCCUUCAGCAUGGCUGAUUACUGGAAAUCACAGCCGAGGAAGUUCUGAAAGUACUGCAAAUGCUGGAUCGCGGAUAAUAAGCCCAGCAUCGAGUUCCACGAGAGAGGGAAGAAUCACAAAGAAAAUGUCGCGGCCAAAAUUUCAGAGAUUAAGAAGAAAAGUGUGGCGAAGGCCAAGCAGGAGCAGAAGAUGUCGAAGGAGUUCGCAGCGAUGGAGGAAGCGGCUCUGAAGGCGUAUGAGGAGGAUCUGAAGAGACUCGCAGCUCAGUCGUCAGGUGAGAGUGUGGCUCCGUCAGAAGCUCCUGUUAAAAAGCAGAAAAAACCCAAGAAACUCAAAGCGAGCGUCCCGUCUGAGAGCAGCGGCGGCGGCCGGCCGGACGUCUGGCUGAGAGGAACCACAAACAACAGCCUGCUGUAUUACUACAAUACCGUCACUGGAGAGUCUCAAUGGGAGAAACCAGACGGGUUUGUGGACGAGAGCUCGUCAUCAGCCGCAGGACAAGCGCAGGAUCCGUCAGGCGGUGCGUGGAUGGAGGCCGUGAGUCCUGAUGGAUACAUGUACUACUACAACACUGAGAGGGGCGAGUCCAGCUGGGAGAAACCAGAUGAUUUAAAUUCAGAGGAUGUUGCUCCUCCUGGUGUUGAAUCUCCUCGUGAGGAGACGCGAGCAGCAGAAGAUUUGCCUCCUCCUCAGCCUGAGUCUGUGUCUGGAGCUGAAGACACAUCUGACCCUCCUAAAGACACUCCAGAACCAGACGAAACCAAACAAACCAGCCUCUUGAAGACCAGUUUCAGGAAAAGAAAAGAAGAACUGGUCCAAACGUCAGCGGAUGAUGGAGGAGAGAGAAGCUCAGAUGAUGGCGGAAGCGGUGAGGAGAAACGUGAAGAUUCUGCCGUGACUGACACAGUGAAGAAGGACGAGACGCCUGUGAAGAGACCCAGAAAGACCAAUCCAUACGGAGCCUGGGAACAGAUCCAGCCGCAGGAGGAUCCAUACGAGAAGGUGGAUCUGCAGCUGCCGCAGGUGGAAAGCGUCGCUCAGACUCCAGCCGACGUCCCUCCGGAGCCCAGGGCCAGAUUCAGGGAGCGCACCAUCACGUCGCUGGGGGCCGAGAGCAGCGCCGGAGCCACGUUCAAGAAGAGGAAGACUGAGAACGGCAAGUCCAGGAGCCUCCGGCAGAGAGAAACAGACGAGUAGAAGUUUCUCCACGGGACGAUAAGACCGAGACGAGUCUUGCUUCAGAAUUUUUGUAUUUUAUAUAUUAUUGGCAGAUGACGUUUAAACUGCCUUUAGCUGCUUUAAAAUACAUUCUUGUGAAUAUUUCCAGGGAUCAGUUUUGUUUCCGGAUGUUUAAUCCGUCUGGUGUGAGCGAGUGUGUCGUGUG